AUAGACUCCUGCAGCAGCUCAAUGGAAAUGCAGCUCAUAGAGAUUUCAAGUCCACGCUUAUCAUUUUCAUCUGACAUGAUAAUUGUAGCGCCUACGGAAAGAUUAAAACUACUUCGGAGUAGCUACGUUGGUAUUACUUGGCUCGGUCAGGGCUAAAGCAGCUUCGAUUUGUAAUUCAAUUUCGGGCAUACACUGACAGACACAAAAAUAUUGGAUAUGGUUUUCAUACUUGAUCCCUCUGGUAUUAUCUGCCUAAUUGCUACCUAUGGCGCCCUUAUCUACGCAGAUUAUGUGGUCAUUCAAUGGAUAAUAAUAACAGCAAUGCCACUGAGUAUCUGGGCGCCCUUCCAUGUUGUGCUCUUCCAUGCGAUCGUGCUCCUGGUAUUCUUAUCCCAUUCGAAAGCAGUCUUCACAGAUCCGGGCAUUGUACCGUUGCCAUCCAAUCGCCCUUUCUCCGAGAUACCAUCUGGCGAGGUCCAUGGCAGCGAAUGGACUGUGUGCUCACGUUGCAAGACUCAUAGGCCACCACGCGCCCAUCAUUGUUCCACGUGCCAGCGCUGCAUACGACGCAUGGAUCAUCAUUGUCCAUGGAUAAAUAAUUGUGUGGGCGAAGGCAAUCAAAAGUACUUUCUGCAAUUUCUCUUCUACGUGGCUGUGCUCUCCUUCUACUCCGUAGCGCUAGUACUCGGCUCCUGGGUGUCGCCGUGUACGGAAUGCAAUCAGAUUGUAAAACAGACACAAUGGAUGCAUACCCUAAUAUUAAUGCUUGAAUCGGCGUUCUUUGGACUGUUUGUGAGCUUUAUUUUGAUGGAUCAACUACACGCCAUAUUGUACGAUGAGACGGCGGUGGAGGCGAUACAGCACAGGGGUUCAUAUCGGCCAAAUCUACCUAAAUAUCAGCUGUUGUCCGAAGUGUUUGGCCCCGGGCAUCCGAUAUCGUGGCUACUGCCCUGCGCUAAGCUAAAGCAUUCAGAACGCCAUAAGCCAUGUGUAGAAGACGUUUGACAAAUU